UGCGACCGCUAUUCCCCCCCCCCUUCCAACACUGCCGGUACGCUGACGGACGCCGGGCGAGGCCCACCCGCCACCUGCAAGGCGCUGCUCCUCCCUCCCCGCCUCGCCCUUGGACUUUGAAGCUCUCUGACCUUGGGCAAGUCAUCACUUCUCAGCCCAUUCUCUCCUACUGCUAUUAGUCUAGUAAUGUUAAAGGACAAUAUCUCAUGGAAGGACUAUAGCUAAUGGAAGAGAAAAGUCAUAUCAGGAGAUCAUUGGUUUCCAGGUUACCAAAGUAUGGAACAAAACCUGCUGGAAAUAUGCUACAGACCAUCCCAAAUGGGACAGCUGUUAAUUUAUCAGGGAGUACUCGGAGCAUGGACAAAAAGUUUGGCAAGCACAAUGGCACUAUUCGUAUGUCUUCCUUCUCUUUUAACUGGCGAAAAUCAAAUAAAUACCAACUGGGUGAUCAGGUCAGCAGUGAAUCUGACUCUAGUCAUAAUUCCAAUGAAAGGCUGACAGAUUCUGAAAAGUGCCCUCAGUCUGAAGUAGCAGUUGAUAAAGAAGUGCUCAGGGUGGGUUCAAGCAACACCUUGUCAAAACUAGCUAAGCAAAACAGCAUGUUUGUGUCACCUACCGAAGAAUUAAACCAAAAGGCUUUGCCUGGGCUGGCCAGUUCUGCUAAGUACACUAAAAGUUCCUUGUUAGGCAGAGCUUCAUUUUCUGGACUUCAUGCUCCAAAAUCACACUUGAAUGGAAUUUGUGGGAGCCGUUCAACUAUAGGCUUGCAGAGGAAUAGAGGUAAUUCUACUGCCACCAGGAGCAGCUCAGGGGAGAGUUUGGCAAAAUUGACUGACAAUGAUAAAUCUUCUUGUGAAAAAAUGGUUAGGUCACAAAGCUUUUCACAUUCCAUUCAAAGCUCUAUCUUGCCCCCUGCAACCCUAACCAGGUCACACUCUUUUAACAGAGCUGUGGAUCUUACAAGGCCUUAUCAAAACCAACACUUAACUAUUAGAGCAUCUCAGAGGUCAAAUCUAUUGUCAAGAAGUGCACGGCAGAUGGAUAUGCCCAAUGGCAACGAACCAUUAAGAUAUGGGUUUUCUAGAUCAUAUGCUGCUUUAGCUCCCCCUGGUUUGAAAAAACAACCACUAUCCAAUGGCUCUGGGGAUGCACCUUCUCUCAGAUUUAGAACAGCCCGUCCAUCUUUAUUGAAGCCUAGCAACCAACAUUUGGGGAGAAAGAUACCUGUGGAUGGCAGCACAAGUAAAGAUACCGAAAACUGCACAGAGGAGGACUUGAUUUCAACAAAUAACAGUGGAGGAGUUGGUGCAAAAGGAAUGCAAAACAGUGAAAGAACUGAAGAUGGAGAAACUGUACAUAAUAAUGUAGAUAAAAUUAUUAGCAUGGAUGGCGAUGUUGAUGAAAUAUCUAUAUCUUCCUUGUCCUCUUCUGAGAAAAAUGAUCUGAGCGAAGACUUUAGUGAUGACUUCAUAGAUCUAGAAGAUCCCAACCGACCAAUAACAAUUCAGGAAGAAGUAGUUUCUGUUCAAGAGCUGGAGCAUGGCAAUGGAAUACCGCUAGAUCAGAUUUUGUCUCUUAAGAAAAGUGAAAUAUCCAACUGUAAUUCUGAUGAAUGGCUGAAUAUACGUGUGUCUGUAGAUGACAAGAGUGAAAGUGCAAAACAUCCUGCUGGGAGCAAUGUGAUUUCCUCUGAUAUGGACUACAGAGCUGGCUCUUCCUUUGAGCUUUCUCCAUCUGAUAGCUCCGAUGGAACUUAUAUGUGGGAUGAAGAAGGGUUGGAGCCCAUUGGAAGUGUCCAUCCAUGUGGAAGUUACGAUUCUUCAGAAAUGAAUAGUAUAGAUAUUUUGAAUAAUCUUGAUUCAUGCGAUCUUGAAGAUGAUGAUCUUAUGCUCGAUGUUGACUUACCUGAAGAUGCACCCUGUGAUAAUGUGGAUUGUGAAAAUAUGAAUCGUUAUGAGCGGCCAGAAAGAAAUAUUCGACAGCAGAAGGAGGGGUUGUGGAAGAGGACACCACAGCGAUGGAAUGCCCAAGACCAUUAUCAUCUUGGUCAUACUGACCAUUGUUCCCAUAGUAGAAACGAUCUGAACAGGAGCUGCAACUAUUUUGACUCUACUCCUGUCGGUCACCUUGAGGGAUAUGGAGCACCAAGCUUGUACCCACCUCUGAGAAGUUUGCCGCCAAACACUGUGAUGCUGGAUGAAAUGACCCUUCGGCAUAUGGUUCAAGACUGCACAUCUGUGAAAACUCAGUUAUUAAAAUUGAAAAGAAUAUUUAAUCAGAAUGAUGAAAAUGUAUCACUCCACAACAUCACAUUUUCACUUCCUUCAAGUCCAGAACUGCAGGAGCCUGAGCCAGUUUAUAAGACUGAUGAUUUGCUGAAUGAGAUCACACAGCUUAAAGAAGAUUUAAAGAAAAAGGAUGAAACAAUCAAACAACUAGAGCAUCGACUUUCUGUUAGGUGUGUCUGCGACGGAGACAGCAAGAUAUCUGAACAGCCUGCGUGCACAUAUGCUGACAAAUACACACAGACCUCCUGGAGGAAAAGUGCUGGUGGGUAUUCUGCUCCUUCCUUCUCUCCCUGGCAGGGCUCAUUCCAGGGCAUCCCUCGGACUGUUCCACCGCAACGCAGACAGACACCCUGCGACAACUCAUGUAGAACCAGCCUUCACAGGAUGCUGCUAUAUUGUGGCAGGCCUCAAGUACUACAGCCUUCCAGCCACCUUCCCAGUUUCACAGACCUCGCCCAGGGAAAAUUAAUAAAAACGUCACACAUCGGGGCCCACAGUGAACCAACAGAAGACCAAAAGAAAAGUGCUGGCCAUGAAUCUCAAAAUGCUGCAGAUGGCUCCUUCACCAAUAGCCUAAAUGAACUGAGCACUUUAAAUACACAGUUAAAUGUAAGAAAGUCAGAGGAGAAUGCACAUUCCACCAAGAAUAUAAAAGUUAGAGAGAAACCUAAAGAACUGUCUGGUAGAAAAUUUAAUACACUACAUUCGCAUCCCUCUUCUCACUCAGCUUCCCAAGUAAAUACUCAAGAAGUGCAGACCAAAUUAGUUCUAAAAAACAAUUGCUCACGGACAAACCAGGCUUCAGCGCCAAAGAGUUCAAGAGCCACCAAGACUCCGAAGCAGAAUGCUUUAGUGCCUCCUCCAGUAACGGUUGCAGCAGCAUCUGCAGAUGGCUCUUCUGCUUCAAAGGAGCCUGAACAGCUGCCGCCAAGCUACCCAACACAACUGCAGCUGGCAUCCAGUCAGUCUGAUCUGAGUCACAAGAGCCAGAAAAUCUCAAAGCUUCGUCCUCCAACGAUUUCCUUUAGGCCCAAGCAAAUGACAAAUCCAAAAAUCAUGAUGCCUCCUGAAUCUCAGAAUACCUGGUCAAAGACAAACCACUCAAGGCAACUAAUACAAGCAAAAGAAAACAUGCAGAAUCAAGAUUCAAACAUUCAUUCUGGUGACUGUGUGGCUCCUAAUCGGCAUUCCCGCCUCCCUAAACCAAAGACAUAAUUGAAAUCAUGACUUGCAUAUGAACAUCUCAAUGUCCUGUAUUGUAAAGCUGCUUACUCUCA